AUGAGUGAAGACGUUGUACUCAACGUUGACGUAGGGCCAGACGAUGGUCUCUACAGGAUUCAGCGUGAUCGAAAGGUUUUAUAUGUUCUACUCAAGUACCUGGAACUUAUCCCAGAGGAUUCACGAACGCUCGGCCCCAGAAUCAUCCGCGAGUUGUCCAAACUCGAGCAAUGGUUUGACGAUUGGGAUACAAUUACCAUCGACAAAGAUCAGACUGGCAUUGUGGUUAGGCUGAAUGAGUUUCAACCACACAGCAUACCUGAGCGGCUGAUUCGAAAUGACUAUCUACAAGUUGAUAUUCUGGAUUUACCGAUUCUUGGUCGGCUGAAAUGUCGAACACUUUAUACCUGCCUGAAUGGGAGUCCAUGUUAUGUCAAGUUUGCUAGAUUUGAUUUUGAACUUGCGCCAAUUGCACAAGAGAUUGAAGUCUAUCAUUUUCUGAAAGACAAUCAUUUCACCAUGAUACCAAAGUUCCUGGGCUAUGUCUAUGAAGGACCACACCGAGUCAUUGGGUUUCUACUUGAAAAGAUUCCAGGACGACAUGCCAAUAUUAAGGACCUUGAGGCAUGCAAAAAAGCUCUUAAGGAACUUCACAAGUUUAUUGUCCAUGGGGAUCUCAAUCAGUACAAUAUAAUAAUCACAGACAAUGGCCCAAAAUUUAUUGAUCUGGAGACGUCUUCCAUCAAUCCCCUGAGCAAAUCCAUUGAAUGGGAUAUAAAGACCGACCUAGAAGUGCAGUCUCUGCAUGCCAAACUUUCAGAUGACUCCGGCAUUGGACGUCCGUUCACACUUCAAUAG